CUCCCCCUCUCAAUCUACCACCCAGACCCACACAGUACAAUGUGUGCUCUUUGUAGGCAAGCCUGUAACUGGACGCCAGGUGGUCUGUGAUUGGCUGAGUCGAGGCCCUCUCUCCCCCGUCUUCUUUUUCUGGUGCAUAUGCAUGAGAUAGCAGGCUGGUGUGUGCCUGUGCAGCUGCUUGUUCCAGACAGGAAAAGAGAGGGAGAGAAACAGGAGCGAGACAUUGGGGAAGGGUAAAGGAAGAGGAACAGAGAAAGGAAAUCGGCUGAGGAGACCGAGGGCGACUGUGAUUGGGGGGUUUUGGUAGCCAUGUCUAUUUUCUGUUUGUCUGGCUGGCUAUGAGAUCAGGCGGCCAUGGCCAUGUCACUGAGCGCCGACGAUGAGGAUUACGACUCGGACACAGCCGAACAGCAACGGCUUCCCAAUAGACCCAAGCCUAAAAUGGCUGCAUCAACAGCAACAACUCCGGCAGCAACCACGUCUUCAUCCACUGCUACAGCGGUCAAGCUGCCAUCCAAUCGAACCUCCUCUGGAGCUCGCCGCAGGCGCACACGAUGCCGGAAGUGCGAGGCAUGUGUGCGGACGGAAUGUGGAGAGUGUCACUUCUGUAAGGACAUGAAGAAGUUUGGAGGACCUGGACGAAUGAAACAGUCUUGCAUUAUGAGACAAUGUAUAGCGCCUGUGUUGCCGCACACAGCAGUGUGUGUGGUGUGUGGUGAAGCCGGUAAAGAAGACACACUUGAUGAUGAAGAUGAAAAAUUUAACGCCAUGCUCAUGGAGUGCUCCAUCUGCAACGAGAUUGUCCACCCAAACUGCCUAAAGGUAAAGGAUGCAGCCGGGGUAGUAAAUGAUGAGCUUCCUAACUGCUGGGAAUGUCCAAAAUGCAAUUAUGCUGGGAAAACUGGAAAAGCCUGCAAGCAAAAACGGGGCCCAGGCUUCAAGUACGCAUCCAACCUGCCAGGGUCCCUUCUGAGGGAGCAAAAAGCAGGUCGUGACGGUAGAGAGGAAGGGGACCAGACAUUGACAGGUGCAGCAUCCAUCAAAAGGAAGAGUGAGAGGGAGGAAACUCCCAGACUGAAGACUGAGGAUCUGCCCUCACGUCUACCCCCACUCUUGACCCCCAGUGGCCUGCCAAGACCACGAUCCGAAGUUCCCAACUUUUUGAGAAAGAAGAGGAAGUUAUUUGAUGACGAUGAAGAGGAAGAGGAGGCUAGUGCUAAAAAGAAGUCGAAGAAACCCUGGAGGUCUGAAGAGCCUUUGAUUCCCAAACUCUCUCACAUGAGAACAGAAGAGGAGGAAGACAACUCUGAUGAGGAGGAAGACAGGCAGGAGAAGCGAGAACCGCCUCGUCGUUCAUUUAAGAAGGACUACAGCACAGUGAGAAAAGAGGAAUCGCAUGAAGAAGAGAGACGGGAGGAGAGAGAUUCACCUUUCAGAUCCCUAAAGGAGUUUAACACCCUAAAGAAAGAAGAAGACCAAGAAGAAGACAAAGAUGAAGAUGAUGAGGAAGAGGAGGAUGAGAGUAAUGGCAAACGAGGCAGGGACAGCAGCCCUGCACUGAAGAACCAUUCUUUAUCGCUUGAGAGUGACGCAUCGCGGUGCAGCUCCCCAAGGGCAGGGCCGAGCAGUGAAGGCAGCGAGACGCAAGAAAAGGCACCACGUCCUCGGGCGAGGCGACACCGACGGAAGCCCCCUAACCGCCAGCUUAGCGCAGAACUUAGCAAGCAGCUUAACAUGGAGAUCCGUCGCACGGAGCAUUCACUGGCCAAUGAGAACCAGCAGCCACUCAAGAGUGAACCCGAGGACAGCGAGAACGAGGAACCAAAGAGAGGCUUACGGAACGGGACUACAGGGAAUGUGGGAGGAGGAGGUGGAGGAGUAGAAAGGGGAGCAGGAGGAGAGGGAGGGGGGGAGCGACCACACUUACGAGCAAGGGAGAUGAACGGGACGUCUUGGGAGCUGCGGCACUUCUACCCUCCUCAGAUCACCCCUCUUGGCUUGAACCGCAGUUCACCUACAGUCAGGCCACUUCCUGCACGUUCCCCUCCCAAGUGUGUUCAGAUGGAGCGCCAUGUGAUCCGGCCACCUCCGAUUUGCCCUCCACCUGAUAGGCUACCACUAGCUGAUGGGCGUAAUCACAUUGCGCCCAGAGAAGCGUGGUUGGCUAUCUUCAGUCACUUGAGCCAUCGUGAACUUUGUGUGUGCAUGCGCGUGUGCAGGACAUGGAAUCGCUGGUGUUGUGACAAGAGAUUGUGGACUCAUAUCGAUUUGAAGCGCUGUAAGUCCAUCACACCACUCAUGCUGAGUGGGAUAAUUCGCAGACAGCCCAUCACAUUGGACUUGAGCUGGACCAACAUCUCCAAGAAGCAAUUAAGCUGGCUUAUUAACCGACUACCAGGACUGAGGGUGCUCCUCCUAUCAGGCUGUUCAUGGGUGGCCGUUUCGGCUCUCUGCACAUCCAGCUGUCCUCUACUGCGUACUCUAGAUCUGCAGUGGGUGGAGGGGCUCAAAGACCCCCAGAUGAGGGACCUACUAUCCCCUCCAACUGACAACAGACCAGGUCAGAUGGACACACGCAGCAAACUACGGAAUGUUACUGACCUGCGUCUGGCUGGUUUGGACCUCACGGACUGCUCUCUGCGUCUCAUAAUUAAAAAUAUGCCUCUACUCUCCCGUCUGGACUUGAGUUACUGCAACCAUAUCAAUGACCAGUCAGUAAACCUGCUGACUGCUGCAGGGACCACCACGAGGGACUCCCUAACCGAUGUCAACCUUUCUGUGUGCAACAGGGUCACUGAUCAGUCACUGAGUUACUUCAAACGCUGCGGAAGCAUCUGCCGCAUUGACCUGCGAUUUUGCAAGCAGGUGAGCCGUCAGGCAUGCGAGCGCUUCAUUGCUGAGAUGUCGGUCAUUGUUCCCUUCAAACUGCAAGAGGAUAAACUGCUCCAAAAACUACACAGCACCCCCUAGUGUCUGGGAGGAAAUGAACACCAGUCUAAAAUGAUACCAUGUAUCAGGUGCACUCAUGUGUUCGGACUGAAACUGAAUUCAUUUCGCACACUUAAAAAAAAAAAAGCACUGCAACACGUAUAUGUGGACAAAGCGUUUAGCCUUCUUUCAAACUGGGGAGAAGAGCAGACAUAUUGUACUUAAAGGCACAUAAUUCUGCUCCUAUUCUGAAUGGUGUAUUUUAAUGAUGAUGGACUUUAUUCUUCAAAUUCUGUUAAUCUUUAAGAGGAGAUUUAUGUGUUAUUACCAGGAAAUUGUAUUUAAAUGGUGGUGUAGUAGAAAGCAGAGGGGUAUAUAUACACACAACAUCCAUAUACUCACUGGAUACUACUACACACACUUAAUCAAUAGAAAAGAGUGAGUAAGCAUGAUUGUACAUUAUUCAAAAUUCAAUUUUUUUGUACAAAAGAUGUAUCAGUUCAGAUUUCUGUGCUAUAUUUGGUUCAGUCCUGAUAUAUGUAUUGUUCUUUAUUUUGUUUUUUUAAUAUAAUGGAAUUUUUAAAUAUCUCUGUCCAUUUUAUGUAAUCAGCUUUGGAAUGCUCCAGUCUGAUUUUUUCAGAUGUUUUGACUGCUUUGAAUUUCAAGUACUUGCUGUUCUUAUCUCAAACAGGUAUAGAAGUGGAAUUUGUUAUUAUGAGGUCUAUUUAUAAACCAGUGCCAUAUUUCAUCUGUUGUUUUACAGUUGUAACAGGCAAGACAUCAGUAGGUUAUAUUUCAUAGCUAUUCCUGUGUAGAGCUAAGCUCUACAAGUGUUAGACCAAACAAAUUACUGAUUAUUUAAUCUUGUUAACAAGUAAUUUGUUCAGUUCAACAUAUAAGGUAGUUAUGCAUUUUUCCCCAUGAGGUAAAAAAAAGACUUUGCUGAACCUCCAUCUAGUAUUUGUCUGAGAUUAUCAUGUGCUUUUUAUUCCUUCCACAGUGAUUAUUAUUGUAAAAUGGUAACUGUUAUGAUGAAAGAUGAUUUUAAUGGUGUGUAUUAUUGUGAGUUUUGUCUCAGGAUAUUUACUGUCAGAAAGAGGGAGUCUGCCAUUUGAUCUAAGCCACCAUACUUGUACCACUAUAAAUUAAGGCAUUUUUCGCCAUCUAAAACAGUCUAAUGUACAUUCGGCUAUUUAUAUUUGUAUGUAAUUAAAAAAAAAUGUACCGUGAU